CUACUACUCUAUCAUCAGAUCCCACAUCAAGAUCAGAGACACUACUACUGCACCAAACUAAUUAAGCAAGCAAAGCAGAGCCGUAGAGAGGAUCGUCCAACAGAUCAGGUGUAGCAUGAAGAUGGUCAUCGUUCUCGCCGUGUGCCUGGCUCUGUCAGCUGCCAGCGCCUCUGCUCUGCAGAUGCCCGGGAUGGGGCUGCAGGACUUGUAUGGCGCCGGCGCCCUGAUGACGAUGAUGGGCGCCGGCGGCGGGCUGUACCCCUGCGCCGAGUACCUGAGGCAGCCGCAGUGCAGCCCGGUGGCGGCGCCCUUCUACGCCCUUCGUGAGCAGACAAUGUGGCAGCCAAACUUCAUCUGCCAGCCUCUCCGACAGCAGUGCUGCCAGCAGAUGAGGAUGAUGGACAUGCAGUCACGGUGCCAGGCCAUGUGCGGCGUGGUGCAGUCCGUCGUGCAGCAGCUGCAGAUGACGAUGCAGCUCCAGGGCGUCGCCGCCGCCAGCAGCCUGCUGUACCAGCCAGCUCUGGUGCAGCAAUGGCAGCAGCUGCUGCCGGCAGCUCAGGCCCUCACCCCCUUGGCCAUGGCGGUGGCGCAGGUUGCGCAGAACAUGCCGGCCAUGUGUGGACUCUACCAGCUGCCCAGCUACUGCACCACCCCCUGUGCCACCUCCGCCGCCAUUCCGCCCUACUACUAUUGAUGAUUCUCCCUGGCCUGUUUGGAAGAUCCGCUUCUCUCUACUGCAGUAAUAAGACGUCACACAUUAUCAUGUGUGGUGUGACCAAUAAUAUAUAUAUAUGCAUGAUCAUUGAUCAUAAUAAAGUUUUGGUUCUAAAGAAUCUA